GUUUCGAUCAAGACCCCUUUCGUUGGUUACGAAACAAUGUCCACUGCUUUUAGACAUAAUAGUUCACCAGAAAAUCUCAUUAGUCACCUUGAAAUAUCCUAUCAACCAAACAAGAAGUUGGAAUUGGAUGUGACAGGAUCUUUCGGAAACUCAGCUAACGGACAAGUCACAAUCAAAACACCAUUUGUUGGGUACGAGGAAACAACUGGUGCCUUCACUCAGACCCUUCGUUCAAACGGAUAUGAAGCUCACCUAGAAGCCGUAUACAAUCAGGUACAGCGACUGGAAAUCGACCUAAGCGUAUCUCCUAGUGAAGGACGUUUCGUUAUUAGAACGCCAUUUGCUGGAUUCGCGGAAAUCUCCACAGCGUACAACAAUGUGUUGGCAUCAGACAGUAUAACCGGCCAUGUCGAAGCUGCCUUCCGAGGACAGAAAAUGGAGGUAGAUGUUAGUUUAUCUAACUCCAACGGAAAGAUAACGAUAAAGACUCCGUUGUCGGGAUAUGAAGAGAUGUCUGCAGCUUUCACGCAACAACUAACAAACUCACGCUUUACUGGAAAGUUGGAAAUU